UAUUAUAACCGCGGCACAUAACACAGAAAUUUUGGUUAUUCGCUUGGAUUUGAUUAAAAUGUUGGAUUCAAUGUCAAUGUCAAGAAUUCAACAAAUGAACUGUGUUAUGUGUUCUGUGAAAUGAACAAACAAUUUCCAACGGACAUCCAGGACAUAACAUAAAAACGGUUUUUCUAUUUACCCAAAAAAACAUUACGCAAAAAGAAGAGAUGCGUCUAAUAAUAGUGAUAACACAGUCCUAGAACUUGGAGUAACUCAAUCAACUUUCCGAGUGUGUUUGCCGGGAUCUUUAACAAGUAUUAUCUUUCAUUGGUUCACUUCUGAAUAUGUGAAUUUAGCUUCAAUUAUGUCUGAGAGAUUAUCUUUGAGUGCCCAGGAUGGAGCACAUUGGAAUAAGCAGAUGUUGCGUCAAUCUCUGAACUUUUCAAACAUAUCAGACAUAACUAUCAACAAUGAAGAAAGCUACAUGACGGCUAUAGAUGCAGGCGACGAUACACAGUAUUUAUCUGUGAUUGGUGCAGAUGAUGGUACCUUUGAAGUAGCAGAAAGUGCUGGUCUUAAUGAAGAACAUAUUGAGGAGAGUACAUUAGAAAAUAAUACAAAUAAUGAGACUGACCAAGUACAAAAUGAGGGUAAUCAAGUUAUUAUUUUCAAUGUUGAAGGAUCUGAUGAGUUGUUUGGUCUCCAACUAGCUGAAGAUGAAGAGGGUAACUUGCAGAAAUAUCAGUUCCAAUACAGGACAACAGAGGAUGGCCAGUUAGAGGCUAUGCCAGAAACUUUGACAUUGUUACCUAAUGAUGAUAUCCAACAAGAUCAAGAGAUUACUGAGCAACCAUCAUACUCUCUGAAGGUGGAGGCAAGAAUUGGAAAUAAGGAAGUAUGUAGUAAUGAAACAUAUGUAGAGCAGUUGGAAGAUAUACCUCAAAUUGUUGUGAAAGGAGAACCAACUGAUGAGACAUUUGAUAUUGAACAAGAGUUAGCUGAUAUCAAACCAGAUUUACAAAGGUUAUCCAUAAAGCAAGAACUAGCAAAUGAGGCUCAAGGCAGAGAGGAAGAGCAGCUUAGUCGUGAUAUAGGCGAUACCGACUUACCUACAUUAAAUGUGCCUAACGAUCGAAUCACUAUACUGGAAUAUGACGGAUUCAAUACAGAAUCUAAUGAACAUACCAUUGAAAAUAUCAUUAUUACACAUGAGGAUGAAGCAGCAUAUGCAGUGGAGGAUAGUAAUGAGAUGAAUAUGUACAACUUGAACAGCAACCAUGCUGAUCAGGAAAGGCUACAGCAGAUCCAGGAAGCCAGUGACACUGUUGAAGAUGAACCAGAAUCAGACAGUGAGACAUUCGAGAAUUCAGAAGGACCACAUGUCACAGGCGAAGAGGAAAUAUUAUUAGAAAACGUCCACAUAGAAGUACAAGAACCCAUGAAGUCUACAAAUACAGAUAGCGCAAAGGAUUGCUUGAAUCCCAAUAAGCUCCAGUCUAAAAAAGCUAGGCCCAUGUAUCAUUGUAUCAGUGAGAAGGAAAAUUUGAACAUGAUUCCUAUGUAUGUUACAAACCAAAUGACAACUCAAGGAGUCAAGCCAACACAUCCAAGAAGUUUACUCAAAUGUGAUGUUGACUCAAGAGUCACUGAAAAAGAAAAAUCGGCAAAACCCGAUGCGCGAUUUGGUAUUGUUCCGACUAUGAAAAAGCAGUCAAAGUUUGGAAUUGAUCUUCCAGCUAAUGCAGAUCAUAUAGAUAAGCGAUUUGCUAGAAGCAAAGAGGCUAUGCAGGCCAUGAUGUUUGAUCACUUUAUCAGCAAGACGACUAUUCCACAUGCUCCUGUACGACAUAAUAGGUUACCAAGAAAACAAGAAAUCAAGCCAGUUGCCAAUAGGAGAGAUGAGGAAAUUAUAGUGCAAGAAGUUAUGGUGUCAUCAAAAGGUUUUGUCGAGAACACAGAGGAAAGGCUAAGAAAUACAAACCAGUUCCCGAUUACUUCAGUUGUGGAACUAUCGGAUUCUGACGAUGAUACAGUGUCGAAAAGUAAAAACAAAGCUAAUAAAAGUGGAUGUGAUACUGAAAAUUUAGUUAUAGAAAUUAAUUCAGACGAUGAUAUAGAUAAAAAUGACGCUGUAGAGACAAAUAAUGACGCUAUACAGACAAAUAAUGACCAAGGAGGUGACGGAGAGGGAGAGAAACGGUGCAGAAGCAUAUCUCCAAAAAAUACCUAUAUUCCUUCCGACGACAGCUCGCCAUCAAAAAAGAGUCGCACCGAAUCCGAACCCGAAAGCGAUUCCGGUAAAAAAGAAUUCGACUGCCCCCAUUGCUCAAAAUCCUUUCCUUCACCGAAUAGUCUGAGCACACAUAUCCAACAUCACAAUUUAGAAAAUAGUCUUAGAAAGAAAGAACUGAAGUUUCCUCGACCUGAGUACAAGUUCAAAUGUGACAAUUGCCAAGAGUCUUUCAAGAACUCGGUUCUAUUAAAUCGGCACGACUGCAAAGGAAAUGGUUCGAAUAUGACGUGCAACGUCUGCCUGAAAAAAUUUGGUUGUGCUGCUUCACUAAGCGUUCAUAAGAAGUCGCAUGUUAAGCAGAAUUUGAUGAAAAAUACUACUACUUUGACUGUGAACCCAAUGAGGUCCAUACCCAGGCCAUCAAUGAGUGGGAUAAGGAGGUCUUUAGCACCAGUUUCCUCGGCUUUAGCGUCUUCUUCGAAAGCUUCUCGCUUUUCAUUUGCUGUCCCCAGACCAUCUACUGCCACUGCAAGAAAAUCAGUUAUUCCGAAACCAGUGGUAAUUGCGACAAAACCGACAGAAACAGCGGACACUACUAAACAAAAAAAUAGCAAGAAUCCUGAGACAUUCAAGUGCAAAGAUUGUCCCAGGGUGUGCCUCACACAAGGAAUGUUGAACUUGCACGAGAAAACACAUAAAAAAAUUGCAUGCAACAGUUGUAAAGCUACGUUUACCUCCAGGCUUCUUCUGGAUUCUCAUGUGCGUUUCAACUGCGUAAAGAAAACGCAGUCGCCUAAGGGCAGAUUAUCAUUCAAGGUCCGUAAGUCGUUUGUUAAAACCCCUAAGACGGUUGCAAGUAGCACAGCGGCUAAGAAACCUACCUCAUCCAACACCAAAGGAUCGACAAAAUGCAGUUUUUGCGCCAAGACUUUCACUUCACUCAGUGCCUUGUUCGAACACAAAGUUAAGAAACACGAAAUUGUCACCCCAGACCGAAGCAUAUUGGAUGAAGAGAAGUCUUCCAGCCUGCAUAAGCCAGUCCAUGGAGGUGUUCGACCAAAUCAACGUUUCAAGAGUGCUUUUGCGUUGUUCCAAGCAUCAGCUGUAAGGGACAACGAAGAUAAAGUUCAUACUGAUCAUUCUUAGAUCUAAAAGUGACAAAAGAGCUAAUAGCAAGCUCGCUCAAUUCCCUUGAAAAUUGUUGUAUCAUAGGUAUAAAAAGCGAAAAUUGACAUCUUGAAAAUCCAUACCAGUUGCUCAUUUUGAAACCCUAAGUUAUUUUUGUUGGUGUUGUCUUUGAAACGACCUUGAAAUCUAAAUCGGUGUUCUCAUUUGAAUGCAUUGUGUGGCCUUACAGUGAUCUUCACUUUUGACUUAAGUUGACAGUAGUUGGCAGCUCGUAUAUUGACGCCCUACGGCCUCAUAAAUUAAGCUUUAGUCAGGAAAUCAUCGACAAUGGGUUAGAAAGGUAAAUACUUGAGAUAAAUGGUGAUAAACCGAUAACAAUACAAUAAUUGUCUCCACCACUUUUACCACGCAUACUAGUUUAGAUUGACAAACUUAUCUCUUCUUUAGUUCUAAUUAUUUAUAAUUCAUACUUGUAUUUAAAGAGUUUGUCACAAAGAUGUUUCAUUGCCUUUUUGAGUUUGAGUUUUGGUCGAUUCUGAGUCGAUGAUGAUUUUUGAAAUCAUACUCCAUGUACUGAUUAAAUUAAUUCCUAAACAUGUGUUUCCGAUUUACUGACUUUCUGGAAUACACAGAAUUGUCAUCUAAAAACGGGUAGAAUGUGUGUGGAUUGGUCAGUGCAAAAACUCCUUAUUGGAAUUUUUCAGAUGAUAAAAACUGGGUCGCUGACAAAUAAACCACCUUUAACCCUUUAACGCCCAGUAAACCGUAAAACUUCAAAACUUCGAAAAAAUCGGGCUUUUGCCUCCCUAAUGUACCCUUCACUCAGAAAAAUCACAAAAAAAUAUCUUGCGGAAAAGUUCUGUUUUAGGGGCGGGAAAAUAGUAUCCCACUGCCCAUGUAGGGAAACGAACAUCUGGCUGCGGGCAGUGGGUGAUUAUUUUCCCACUCCCUAAUUUGUCGCUGAACGCAUGUAAAAUUAAAAAGUAAAAAAUACUUUAUUUCACGAAAUUGUAUAUAAUUUUUUCUAAACAAAGGUCUAUCCUUACAAAACAGAAUAUUAAAUACCACGACUAAAAUGCAUUGGAAGAAUGAAAAGGUUCAAAACAUGCUUUGCACAAUGCCACAUUGCAAGCAGUACAAAUCAUGUUGCUUCUCUUUUCUUUCGCCUUCGUACUGCAGUGCGCGCAUCUACGAUAUUUCUCUUGCUGCUUGGGCAUAUGGUCUCCGACGUUUAAGAAACGAAUUGCAUUUUGGGUAACCAUCUGGUUGAUGUUUCUCUGCCUACUCCCGCUCCGGGUCUAUAGCCCUUGCGUUUUCUGCUGCAGAAAUUACCGAUCAUUUCGUUGAUCAAUUGAGAGCGAAACUCGAGGUGAGACAAAUAACGGCGACGCUGUUUUUUGGCAGAGUCCUUGUACAUGACGUAACUAUUUACUAUCGCCGUAUCGAUGAAAUAAUCAAAUAGUUUCAACCACCACCGACGAGAUUUCUGGGCAAUCGAGUAAGACGACAUAAGCUGAACGAAUUUGUCAACUCCACCCAUGAAGGUGUUGUAGUCAACGAUAGACUCGGGACAAUUCACUGAUUCCCUCUCACCGCGCUUGUUUGUUCGAAGAACUGAUCUCUGCUUACUAGGGUUGUGCAUAGAGCUGACAACGACAACCGACUUUUUGCCGCGAUCUCGCCACUUUGCAAUGCUUAUGUCCCCCGAUUGAACAAAAUCGCUAUCCCCAGUCGUCGUCGGAUUUCAGUUCAUUUUUUGGGUAGAAUUUUCGGUUUAUCCUAAAGGUAUCGCACGCAAAGAGACGCUCGUUUAGUAGAAGCUUCAACAGCGGUAAGCUCGAAAAAAAAUGUCAAAAAAUAGACAGUAGCCUAAUCCACCCAGCAUCGUAGAUAAUUCGAGAACAAUCCUCUCUCCGAGCCCAAGAUCGGUUGUUUCCGUAGAGCGACCUGUAUAUACCUGGAAGUAUAUUACGAAACCGGUAACUGAACACACCAUAACCUAUACUUUGAACCCUCGUUUUAUGGGACGUAAUGUACCUCGCAAGCCAGAUUCACUGCUAUCAUUCAGUGGUUGUAAAAAAAUCUGCGUCAGAAUCACCAUCCAGCUCCGAAUCCUCAGCUUGAUCAUCUGUGCUUUCUCCUAGAAAUCUGGCUAUUUCAGUAUCGCUUAGACGUCUUCUUGACAUAAUUACUGUCCUGAAAAACGAAAAUAAAUGCGUGAUAGUUAAAAUAAAAUUAUAAAUAACGAUAACAAGCUAAACUUGAUGGUAGAAGUCGCAUUUCUGAAAAUGUAAACAAAACCAUGACUUGUUAGGUUAUAAUGCCACAUUUCACAGAGUAUAACAUCUGUGUGCACACACCGCAUUCGAUUACAAUGGCAAAUCAUCAUUAGUUAGACCCCUUAGACAAUCUGUAGCUAUAUGCGAUUAGAAUAAGCACCUUGGGUAAGUCAAGAAAUAAUUUGUCAUUUUGGCAGAAGGGUAGCCGAAGGGCAAUGACACAAUCAGUAAAAGCUUAUAUACGCUAUCUUUUCCAAAAAUCAUCACAAAAUAAAACGCCAACAGACGCAGCAGUACUAGUAUAUUUAGAUACAUACCUUUAUUCCAGCUAACUUCAAACGGAAACAAUAACAGCCUGACAGGUGUUCACUGCUUUGUAUGUUUCCUACGCACACUGGAUAUUAUCGUCCCACUUUAGCACCACUCUGUAGACAGCACCUUGUAGGAACUACCAAGGGGGGGGGACGCCAGAUUGCGGACAACAAGUGGAGGCGCGCGCAAUUCAAAUCAUAUGGUAAGUGGGAAGAUACUGUCCCACUGCGACUUAAGAGACCCGGUGGGAAAAUAGUACCCCAAAGAGCGUUAAAGGGUUAAGGUACUUUUGGGCUUAAUGUAGCAUUUGAGUUCUACAUGAUUGAUAUUUUGAUUAACCUUUAGUUUAUUAUUAAUAAUAAAGGUAUAGGCCACAAAACUGAUAUGGACUUAUGUAAGAGAUAGGGUUAUUCAAAAUUACACUUAAAUAUUGACUUAACAUGCCACGUUUUAAUUUUACAAUUUUUAAUAUUUUAAGGUACGUAAGUCGAAUUUCCCGUUUAACACCCAAACCUUGAGUCGACCAUCGUGAAAAAAUACAUAGAUUAAUUACUUCAACUUUCUUGAAUUCGGUAAUUGAUUGUAAGAUAAUGUAUUUUUUCAACAACAAAAAAAAACGCUAUAUGGGUAAUUUUUUCCUUUUUAUACUAUCUAUAUGUACAUCUAUUUAAAAUAUUUAGCCUACAUUUGAAAAAUCUUACUAGAGUGGUUUUGCACUGACCGAUUCAGGUAUACUCGCCCUUCCACUAGCGGCAUCCUGAACUCUAACAAGAAAUGUAUCAAGGAAGAAGACAGAGUUCAUUUCACAACUUUACUUUAGAAAUGCACCAGUCUACCCAUUUUCGUUUUUUUAUGCCUAUUUGAUAUCUAGCAUCACUCCCAGCUGUCAGGGCAAAUUAGGCUCCCACAGAAUAAGAUCCCCUCUGGUUUACAAAUGAUUUAAAGAUGUCGAGUAGAGCAAUGUUUAGGAAAUCCGGCGACUUAGCUUAAACAUCCUGUUUCUCGAAGAUUUUAUAUAAAUGAUAUAUGUAUAUUUAUUAGAUUUUAUAGAUCACGUGUGUUAGUGAAUAUUUGCAAUACCAAUAUUUAGUAGCGUUUUCCAGAUUAUAAUUUCUGUGAACUAGGAAAAGAGCAUUUAAAAAUGAAGACUAUUUUUUCUGAUACAAAUUCGAUUUGAAGGGUGAUUUAAUAUUGGAUUAUAUGCUUUCUGAAAAUUGUAAUUCUGUUUUAUUUUGAUUUGGUGUCAAAUUGCUUGUCCUCCAGAUAAAAUUGCAAUCUCUGAUGUCAGGAUUGUAAUUGUAUGAUUUUAUUCUUUUUCUUUUGACAAGGAUGACAAGUGAAGCAGUUUCUGCGAAAUUCACGUAGAUAUUUGAAAUAAUACCACUUGUGUUUCGUUCAGUUUUUAUUCAGUACUAUUUGUAAUUUUAUAUUUUAACAAUAAAUAGUGAUGAAGGUACA